CGUUUGUAGUUUUUACGUUUGUUUAGGUUAGAUUGAUAGAAAUUUUCUAAAGUGGAAUAUAUCGGAGAUUAAAUUCUCUAACAGUAUAAGGUCGUUUAUAUUCCAUAAAUAGAUUGUAAUUGGCAUUGAAAGACAAAAUGUUGAGGAAAAUUUUCUCAAGAACACUGAGUCCUAGGAGUUCAUUAGUGCGGUGUGUUAAUACUGUUGAUAUCAAUAGGCAAAUACACUGUGGUGUUUGUUUAAGGAUCCCUAGGUAUACAUCCAAACCAAACAGUACCUCACCAGCUUUAGCUACCAAGUAUCAAGUGAUUACAGAUGAAAAUACCGUAGUCAUUGAGAACACUGCAGAGGAAAAUCCAACUGAAAACAGAUAUCCUUUACUCAGUGAUGAGUUUGAUGGUAUCAACCUAGAGCGAGGUAUAAAUGGUGUUUUUGAAAUCGAAGACCUUGUAGAACUAUUACAACGAGAAAACUGCAAGGAUAUAUUUGUAGCUGCCGUCACUAAAGACAUCCGUUAUGUGGACUACAUCUGUAUAGUCAGUGGAAGGAAUAAGAGACAUAUUUUAGGUAUAGCCGAAUUUGUUCGAAAAGUGUAUAAAAAGAAAUGUUAUAAAUCAGAUUAUAUUCCUAGGAUAGAGGGCAAAGAAUCUGAUGAAUGGAUGGCAUUAGACUUAGGUAACAUUGCAUUACAUGUCUUCACUGACAAGGCUAGAAAAGCUUAUGACUUGGAGACUCUAUGGUCUGUUGGGGCAGAAUAUGAUGACAAGAUGAACAAGAACAGCGAAGUUGUGGACAUAUUCGAGAACUACAGUGAUUAUUUGAAAGAUCUUAAACCAUUGGGAUCAUAAUACUGUAAUUUACAUAAACUGUAUUGCCUCACUAGGACUGAAUUAAAAACCCUUUAAAAGUCUCAUAUAAAAUGUUUAUUUCUGCUUAAUUACAUUAAAGAUACAUAUAUGGAUUGUAUAAUUCAAUCACAAUUCACAAUCUAAAUAAUCAUGAAACAUUGAAUUCAAUAAUUUCAUAUCAAUUAAAUAAAAACAAUUAUCCACAUUAUUUCCAUUGUUAUAAGAACAUUUAUUAUCCAUUUCAAUCAUUGUUGUAGGUUAUCAUAUGUCUGUAUAUAAAGAUACUAAUAUAAUUUGAUAUAUAAAAUAACAAUUUGGCAUAAUUUAUAACUAGCUCAGAAUUUUAAAUGCAGUAA